AUGACAAAGGGAAUGUGUCAAGCCAAACAGGCUCUGUUCUCUGGAUGUUUUGUUGGAGGUCUUGCAGCCAUUUUACGGUGUGAUGAUUCCGGGAAUAUGUUUCCUCCUUCUACCAGAGUGAAAUGUUGGACCGAUGCUGGCUUUUUCCUUGACGCCAUCGAUGUCUCUGGAGGUCGAUCUCUUAGGCGUUUAUAUGCUGGUGUGGUAAAGUUACAGGUAGGCAGAUAUUUCAAAAAUAUACUUAAUGAUUCAACACUUCAGUGUUUUUUCCCGCAAAAUCUAAUCAACCAAAUCAAGACUCCACUGUUUAUUCUAAAUACUGCCUACGAUUCGUGGCAGAUCCAAGAGAGUUUAGCUACCAAAACUGCAGAUCGAAGUGGAAGUUGGCAUGAUUGUAGACUUGACUACACCAAGUGCAAUGCAACUCAGAUCCAGUUCUUGCAAGGUUUCAGGAAUCGUAUGGUGAAUUUGAUCAAAGGUUUCGCAAAUCCAAGUAAGAACGGAGUGUUUCUUAACUCGUGUUUUGCUCAUUGCCAAACGGAGAGGCAUGACACAUGGUAUUCCAAAAACUCUCUUUCGGUUAACAACAAGUUGUUUAUACCUUGGAUCUAUGCUAUUAUUGAGCUUAAAUGGUACCAUGUCGAAUUAUCAGUUGAUGAUGGGAAUGAUAGUGUGACUUUUGUGGUGUUCGACAAAGACAUAGAUAAGCUUACCAAGCCGGACGCAACUGCUAUGGCUCUUGAUGAGAUUUGUUAUUUUCUGACCACCAUUUGUCCACCGUCUACAAAUGUGACAAUCUCUGACCACCCCUGUAACCUCUAUAUUGCAGGUCAACAGUGGUGGCAGCCGGGAACUCCCAUAGUAUCUUAA